GAGGGGCCAGUGUUUCAUAUUGGGAACUUUGGAGGCCUUGAGGUUUGGACCAAUCCGUAAGACCCCCGGCAGGUGCGGGGGGGGGGGGCGUGGGGAAAAACCGGGUCAGCAUGCGGGACCGGACCCACGAGCUGAGACAGGGGGAUGACAGCUCUGAUGAUGAAGGGAAAGAGCGAGUCGCUCUGGUCGUGCAUCCGGGCACCGCCAAAUUGGGGAACCCCGACGAGGAAUUCUUCCAGAAGGUUCGGGGCAUCCGACAAACCAUGGGGAGAUUGGAGAACAAAGUUAAGGAAUUGGAGAAGCAGCAGAUCACCAUCCUCGCCACGCCUCUUCCUGAGGAGAGCAUGAAGCAAGAUCUCCAGAACCUCAGGGAAGAAAUAAAACAAUUGGGGAAGGAGAUUCGGACUCAGCUGAAGGCCAUUGAUCCCCAGAAGGAGGAAGCAGAUGAAAACUGUAAUUCUGUCAACGUAAGGAUGAGAAAGACCCAGCAUGGAAUCUUAUCCCAACAAUUUGUUGAGCUCAUCAACAAGUGUAAUACAAUGCAGUCAGAAUACCGGGAAAAGAAUGUAGAACGGAUCCAGAGGCAGCUAAAGAUCACCAAUGCUGGAAUGGUGUCAGAAGAAGAGCUGGAGCAGAUGCUGGAGAGUGGACAAAGUGAAGUGUUUGUGUCCAACAUCCUGAAGGACACACAAAUGACACGGCAGGCAUUGAAUGAAAUCUCCACCCGACAUGGGGAAAUCCAACAGCUUGAACGAAGCAUCCGGGAACUCCAUGAAAUCUUCACCUUUCUGGCCACUGAAGUAGAGAUGCAGGGGGAGAUGAUUGACAGGAUUGAGAAGAACAUUCUCAGCUCAGCAGAUUUUGUGGAACGGGGUCAGGAGCAUGUCAAAUCUGCACUGGAGAGUCAGAAGAAGGCCAGGAAGAAAAAGGUGGGGAUCGCUAUUUGUGUCAUUAUUGCAGUUCUCAUCCUUGCUUUAGUCAUUGGUCUCAGCGUAGGAACCUAAUAGCAACCUUCAUCAGCUGAGGUGAGGGGGGAGACUUGGCUUUGGGGGAUUCAUGGAACCUAGGAAGGAAGUCAACAGCACUGCCUCCUUCUUAUGCCCCCAACGGCACAGUUAGGAGGCCCAGCUGGCAAAGGAGGCAGAUUUUUUUCUUGGAGGGGAGAAGUGGAGUGGGAGGAAGAUGGGUGGCACCUGGAGCCCAUUUUAUCCCUGGUUCUACCCUCCAGAGGUCUCCUGCCCUCUGCACCCUCAUUUUAUUUUCCCUUUCAUUCACCUGAGCUUCACUUCUUCAUCCCUAGAAUCCUAUUCCAGCCUUUUUUAUCCCCCCCACUCCCACCCUUUGGGGUGACUACCAGGGAAUUCAGUGGGGUGGGGAAGCCUCAGAGUGAGGGCAGGGAGCAGGGCUUGACCCUUGCUGGGCCUCAGCUCCAGCUUAAAUGGGUUUCUAGGUCCUGGGAUCAUCUGGGACAAAAUUUUGUAAGAAAUAAAGUUAAAACAGUGUAUCAUG